UACCCUGUUAGACGGUAUUCCCGGCCACCCUUCCUGCCUUUGCCCACCUCCCUCCUCUUCCAGUGCCGGCCCCCACCCACCUCCUGAGCCUCCCUUCGGGCGAGCGUGACGGACGCAAUAAACAACAACAACAAGUCAAACAAUAACUAAUUGAUACAAAUCUAAUUGAGUUGAAAAGCACUAGUAAUCACUAUGAUUUGGUAUAUCCUUCAUUGUUUUUAUACUAAACUGCAGUAACAGCUGUUUUGACUCAGUCCUGACACAGACUUGGCAUGUUCAAGAAUGUGUACAAGCAUAAAUCAGUAUGAUUUGAUGAUGUUUGAACACACUAAUGUGUUAUGAUUAAGUGAAUAUAUCUCUUUUGUUUAUGACCAAUAAGUGUUGUUGAGGCUUAGUUGAUUAGGUUCCAAUAAUUGAUGUGAAGGAUAAAAUUAAAUAGUGCUCAGUUGUUUUAACACUUUUGAUAUAACACCUCAAAGUAGCAAUUUUUAAAUUACUAUGUGUAUACAAUUAGAUUUUUAGCAAUGUUCUAACCAAAUAAAUGGCUUUGAUGUCUAUGCUGUGAAAUUUUAUAUCUAUUUCAAGUUGGUUUUUAUUCAUAUUAUACAUGACAUGCUCAAAUUGUUUGCUGUGGUUUUAGGGGAAAAGUGAAUUUUGCUGCAAAUGUUGUAAUUAAGACAUUCUUAUGAGCGUCUAUUGCGCUUUGUACUAUUUGAUGUAUUCCUUCCAGUGUUAUUACCAUUACUGCCAACUUUGAAAGAUUAAAUGCUUAAACCUCAGUGAUUGAUAAUUUACAUCACAUCUGUGGAUGGCAUUCAUAGACAAAGAAUGCAGUGUAGUGCUGCACCAAGUCUAUGAUGCUUUAGUCUGUAGUGGCAAAUGCCCUGAGCAGAGAAUCAGUCAAGCAUCUUCUGGUGGUAGCAAAGUUAAGUCUGAAGCCUCAGAGAAAAUUGGCCCUCCACCAGUCCUCAAAGUUUCUGCUAUCUCCAUCAAGGAGGAACCUGAUUAUGGAAUUGAAGAUGUAGUCAUUAAAGAGGAACCAUUCUUAUAUGGGAAUGAGUUUGGCGAAGGUGGAUCAGCACCUGCAACAGGAGCUACUGACAUAUCAGGAGCAUCCACCUCCAAGCAACACACCAGGCUUGGGUGUUCCCAGCAUGGAUUGGUGCCUGCGGGUACAGACCACCUGCAGCAGCUUGUUGAUCUAGAACAUCAAGCUUCAGGGCCCCAUCGCUGCUCUAAAUACACCUCAAGUUCAGGAAUUGGACUGCAGCAGCACAUUAAUUGUGGAGGACAGGGGGGCCCUUUGAGACAAACUCACAAGACCGUUACCCACACUGUGCUGGACGAACCCACAAGUAUCUUCAUGGUGCAGUGGCGCCUGAUAUUAACCAACCAAUGA